CUUCUUCUCUGUCUCUGCUCUUGUUUAAGCCUAAAAAUGGCCAUGAUCAAGCAGACCCUACCCAGUUUGCAGGAACUGAUCAAAGGUGACAGGAUCAUGUUCUCAUCUUCUGAUGACACUGCAAUGACCAAUCAAAUUCAGGCAACUCAUUCUCCUGAUGGACGUGAGUUCGAUGUCAAACCUCUUCUUCAACUUGUUGAGGACAUAUUUACUCGAGCUGCCCCAACUAUUGAUGCCCUUGCCGUGCCGGCUACUCAUCAAGCACGUACAGCAGAUGCUCUGGAUGAGAAAACUUUCCAUGGCGGCUUCACUGUUACGCUUGAGUCGUUGGCGUCCGUUAUCGAUCGAGUUGCUAGUGAGAUAGCGUAUAAAUGCUCCGGUGUUGUGGAUGCACAUGCAACGACAAUGUCAAUACUGAACAUGCUAUCUAACUACUCGUGGGAAGCCAAGCUAGUGAUAACCUUGGCAGCUUUUGCGAUGAAUUAUGGAGAAUUUUGGCUGGUUGCUCAAAAUUGCACCUCAAACCAGCUUGCCAAAUCAGUGGCAAUCCUCAAACAAUUGCCUGACAUUUUAGAGCAUUCGAGCAUGCUUAAACCUCGUUUUGAUGCUGUGAAAAAUCUCAUCAAAGUCAUGCUUGAUAUUGCCAAGUGCAUUGUCGAGUUCAAGGAGCUUCCAGCUCAGUAUAUUUCAAUGGAUGUCACUGCUUUGUCUACUGCAAUAGCCCAUAUACCAAUCACUGUCUACUGGACAAUCAGAAGUGUCCUGGCCUGUGCAUCCCAGAUCACUGGUCUUAUUGGCAAGGGGCACGAGUACAUGGCAUCAACAACAGAGGCAUGGGAGUUAUCAAGUUUGGCUCACAAGCUCAGCAACAUGCAUAGUCACCUAACGAGUCAAUUGGGAACCUGCUAUAAGCAUAUUGAUGAAAAGAAACAGCUGGAAACUUACCAGAACCUUUUACAUUUGUUUGAAACGGCUCACAUUGACAACAUGAAAGUUCUCAAGGCAUUGAUUUAUGCAAAGGAUGAUCUGCUGCCGCUUGUUGAAGGAACCACCAAGAGGAGGGUUAACAUUGAGGUCCUGCGGAGAAAAAACGUGCUGCUACUCCUUUCAGAUCUUGACAUCUUGCAAGAAGAGAUUUCCAUUCUUGAACAGAUAUACAAUGAGUCGCGGCUCCAUCCCACAAAGCAGGAAAGUCAGUAUGAGAUCGUGUGGCUCCCAAUUCUUGACCCAACUAGUCUGGGAAAUAAUGAGAACAUGCAAAAGAAAUUCGAAAGUCUGCAGGCUGGUAUGACUUGGUACUCAGUAUACCGCCCUUCCUUGAUCGAGCGUGCAGUGGUCAAGUUCGUUAAACAAGAGUGGCAUUUCGGGAAGAAGCCUAUUCUUGUGGUGCUAGAUCCACAAGGGCGGGUUGCCUGCCCAAAUGCACUCCAUAUGAUGUGGAUUUGGGGCAGCCUGGCCUUCCCUUUCACCACUAUGAGGGAAGAAGCUCUCUGGAGGGAAGAGAGUUGGAGACUUGAGCUCUUGGUGGAUGGCAUUGAUCCGAUCAUCCUCAACUGGAUGACAGAAGGAAGAUACAUAUGCUUAUAUGGAGGAGAGGACAUGGAUUGGAUUCGGAAAUUUACCAACACUGCACGAGCAGUGGCACAAGCUGCAGGUAUCCCUCUAGGGAUGGUUUAUGUAGGAAAGAGCAACCCAAAGGAUCGAGUACGGAAGAACAUUGCGAACAUUAUCAUUGAGAAACUCAGCCAUUACUGGCAAGACCCAACUUCAAUCUGGUAUUUCUGGGUUAGGAUAGAGAGCAUGUGGCGCUCCAAGAAUCAACUAGGAAAAACCCCAGAAAACGAUCCCAUAAUGAAGGAGAUCAUGACAAUGCUGAGCUUCGAUAGCAGCCAUGGUGGAUGGGCUCUGUUCACUAGAGGUUCAGAUGAGAUGGUGAAAGCCAAGGGAUCUCCAUUUUUAACCUGCCUGUCGAAUUUCAGUAGCUGGAAAGAUGAGAUUGAGAAAAAGGGUUUCAUGCCAACACUUAGAGAUCAACUUAAAGAUCUUCACACUGAACAUCACUGCAACAGGCUGGUGCUCCCUGGUGCUGCAGGGAUGAUUCCAGAAAGGAUAAUAUGCUCAGAUUGUGGCCGCACCAUGGAGAGGUUUAUUAUGUAUCAGUGCUGCGAUGAAUAAACAGUGAUGAAGGUGAUGAGAGGCUACCAAUUAUACUAUACAAAUCGACAUGGUGAAUGAAUAAGCAGUGGCAUACACCAUUGAGAAAAUGUUCACUAUGUAAUUGUUGCAUUUUCCUUUCUUUUUUUUUUUUGGUUUCCAUUUCACUGUGAUAUGUUGUGUUAUUUUGGAAUUCAUAUUAAUAUUAUUCCAAUAUUUAGGAGAAUUUACCUAUUUGUAUGAAGCUUGGUAAAAA